AUGGCCGAUUUGGAGAAUUUGCUUUUGGAGGCUGCAGGGAGAACCGGUACAUCUGGGAGAAAUCGCCAUUCUCUUCCAUCUUCAAGGAGACGGCAUGAUGGUGCUUAUUCAGAUGGUGGGAGUGAUUCUAGGGAUGAUGAUUCAGAUGACGAGCUCAAUUAUGCAAGCAGAAAGCCCUCUGGAUCACAAGUUCCUCUGAAGAAAAGGUUAGAUCCGUCAGAAAGAGAUGAUGAUUUAGGCAGUCAGGAAGAAGCAGACGAUGAUGAUGGUCGUAGUGAUCAUGAUGGCGAUAGCAGUGAUGAAUCAAAUAUUGGUGACGAUCUCUACAAGGAUGAGGAUGACAGGCGAAAGCUUUCUGAGAUGACUGAACUUCAAAGAGAAAUGAUUUUAUCAGAUAGGGCUACAAAGAAGGACGAUAAAAAUUUAUUGGGUAAAAUAGCAUCCAAGCGUGAGAAAGGAAAGGUGCCUGUGCCCAGAAAACAGUCUCCACCUAUGUCAUCAUCACGAAUGCGUGCAUCAGCCAGAUCUGCUGACAGGUCAGCCAAGAAUGAUGCACUAAAUGAAUUGCGUGCAAAGCGAUUAAAACAGCAAGAUCCAGAAGCUCACCGCAGACUGAGAGAGGCAUCAAGAAAUGCAGGGCCCCGGCAUUUUUCUCCACCCAAGCGCAAACCAUUCACAUCAGCAAGUCUUAGUAGUUCAAGUCAUAGUGAGAGUGAAAGUAGGUCCCACAGUGAUGAUGAAGGUUCAACUGGGGAUGGAGGAAUUGUUGACAGUGAUGAUGAAAGGGCAUUAGCUGGGUCUGAGGGUCCUUCAUUUCAGGAUAUAAAGGAAAUAACUAUCCGCAGAUCAAAACUUGCCAAAUGGUUUAUGGAGCCUUUCUUUGAGGAGUUAAUAGUUGGGUGCUUUGUAAGAGUAGGAAUUGGUAGAUCAAAAACUGGACCUAUCUACCGGCUAUGCAUGGUGAAAAAUGUUGAUGCUUCAGAACCUGAUCGUCAGUAUAAUUUGGAAAAUAAAACUACAUACAAGUAUUUGAAUGUUGUUUGGGGAAAUGAAAGUUCUGCUGCUAGAUGGCAAAUGGCUAUGGUUAGUGACUCUGCACCACUUGAAGAGGAGUUCAAACAGUGGGUUAAGGAAGUAGAUCGCAGUGGUGGCCGAAUGCCCACUAAACAAGAUGUGUUAGAAAAAAAGCAAGCUAUACAAAAAGCCAUCACAUUUGUAUACUCAGCAGCUACUGUGAAGCAGAUGUUACAAGAAAAAAAGUCUGCCUCAACAAGGCCACUAAAUGUUGCUGCUGAGAAGGAUCGGCUGAGGAGGGAGUUGGAAAUAGCCCAAAGUAAGCAUGAUGAGGCAGAAGUGGAGAGGAUCAAGAGAAGAUUGCAAGAAUUAGAGGCAUCCAGACAAGCAAAGCAGAAAGAUGCCAAGGCAUUGAAACUGGCUGAGAUGAAUAGGAAAAACAGGUUCGAGAACUUCAAGAAUGCAUCUGAAUUGAAGCCAGUGAAUACAGGUUUGAAAGCUGGGGAAGCAGGUUAUGAUCCAUUUUCAAGGAGAUGGACUAGAUCAAGGAAUUAUUAUGCUGCAAAACCUGGUGAAAAGGCUGCGGCUGGAAAUAAUAGUGUUAAUGGCAUAGUGGCUGGAGCUGGCAGCAAUGGAACAGGGGCACCAGUUACAGCAGAGGCUGGCAUGGUGGCUACUGCUGCUGCCUUAGAAGCUGCUGCUGGCGCUGGUAAGUUAGUGGAUACUAGUGCUCCUGUGGAUCAAGGGACAGAGUCAAAUAUACUGCACAAUUUUGAGCUGCCAAUAUCGUUAGCAUUACUUCAAAAGUUUGGUGGGGCCCAAGGAGCUCAGGCUGGAUUUAUGGCAAGAAAACAAAGGAUAGAAGCAACAGUUGGGUUUAGAGUGUUGGAAAAUGAUGGCAGGAGGCAUGCCUUGACUCUGACAGUCAGUGAUUACAAAAGAAGAAGAGGGCUUCUUUGA